CUUCUCUCUCCCAUUGCUUCCUCUCUCUAAUUGCUUGAAGGCAAAGACUUUCACAUCUCUCCAUCUUAUAUAUAAACACAUCCUCACGGAAUCUAAAGGAGAUUAGGGUUUUGAUUCCAAUCUCAAUCAGCGAUGGAUCGACCUAGCAACGGAGGAAUCUUGUACCACGAGGUUCAAGAAGCCAAUCUCUGCGCCGUCCACUGCGUCAACACCGUCCUCCAGGGACCUUUCUUCUCCGAAUUCGAUCUCGCCGCCGUCGCAUCCGAUCUCGAUGGGAAGGAGCGCCAGGUCAUGCUCGAAGGCGCCGCCGCGGGAACUUUUGCGGCCGGCGAUUUCUUCUCUGAGGAGUCUCAUAACGUUUCUCUCGGCGGCGACUUCAGUAUCCAGGUCUUGCAAAAGGCAUUGGAAGUGUGGAAUUUACAAGUGAUUCCGCUCAAUUGCCGUGACGCAGAGCCUGCGCAGAUAGACCCUGAGCUUGAAAACGCUUUCAUCUGCCACUUGCAUGACCAUUGGUUUUGCAUAAGGAAAGUGAAUGGAGAAUGGUAUAACUUUGACAGCCUCCUCGCUGCACCGCAGCACCUGUCGAAAUUCUACCUUUCUGCGUUUCUCGACUCUCUCAGAGGCUCAGGAUGGAGCAUCUUCAUAGUGACAGGAAACUUCCCACAGGAGUGUCCCUUGUCUUCUUCUGAGGCUUCAAACGGGUUUGGUCAGUGGCUUUCUCCUGAGGAUGCAGAGAGGCUGUUAAAGACCACUGGCGCGGUUAGGAGUUCUUCUUCUGCGAGUGGAAACAGAACUAGUGAUAAUGUUGAUCAACAGAGGCCUUAUGAGGCAUUGUCAAGGGAGGAAGUGAGGGCUUUUUCAGAGAUGGAGGAUGAUGACUUGAAGGCAGCGAUUGCAGCGAGUUUGUUAGAUGCUUGUGCGGCUGGUGCUAAUCCUGGAUCUGUUGGGACUUCUCAAGAGGAAACUGAGAAACAAACUGUUGGGACUUCUCAAGAGGAAACUGAGAAAGAAAAGUAGCAGAGAAGAUAGAGAACAUGGCAUUUUCAUUGAUGUGAGUGAAGGAACAUUCACUUGUUUUUUAUGUUUUUUGUUUUUGUUUUUGAUAUGAACAAUUUUACAUACAGAACAACAUAGAAGCUUACAUUGAACAGAAACCAAAUGGUUUGUAAUAUGGUGUUUUGUUUGAGUUCUAUUUUUUUGGUAAAUUCUGA